AUGAAUCUUAUGGCUCAGAACGAAGACCAGGAGGAGUCCUCACCGAAAGAGGGAGAAUCAAGCAGUUGGUAUCCGGGUUGGCCGCCCAUCUGUUUGCCUCUAGGAUUGCUCUGUGCUAUUAGCCAGCAUCACACUCUCUGCAACGUUCACUCUCUUUGCUACAACUUCACCGUCCAUCCUAAGCCCAGACCUGGACAACCAUGGUGUGUGGUUCAAGGCCAGGUGGAUGGAAAGGUUUUUCUCUCCUAUGAUUGUGGUGGUGCUAAGAUCCAAUCCAUGAGUGCCCUGGGUGAAGAGGUGAAAGCCACAAAGGCCGAACAAGGGCAGAUGGAAACACUCAAAGAAGUCGGAGACUUGCUCAAGGAGCAGCUCCCUGAUGUUACCCCGGAGAAACACACGGCCAGGGACCCUGUCACCCCGCAGGGCAGGAUGACGUGGUGUGAAGACGAUGGACGCACCAGUGGAUUCUGGCAGUUUGGCUUCAACGGACGGAUGUGGCUCCUCUUUGAUUCAGAGAAUGGACAGUGGACAGUGGUUCAUUCUGGAAGCAGACGGAUGAAAGAGAAGUGGGAGAGUGACAGAGCUGUGACCAAGUUCUUCAAGAAGACCUCCAUGGGAGACUGUAGGGCCUGUCUUCAGCAUUCCUUGGUGCACUGGGAGAAAAUGUUGAAGACAACGGCAUCACCCACCACAGACCCCCCGCAAAGCCCAAGUCCAGGGCCACAGCCAUCAAGCCCAUCGCUUGGAUCCUCCCCGUGGUCCUCUCCUGGUCCGUCACAACUGGCAUCCUGGGUGGAGUCCUCUACAAGAACAGACCCCAGAGCCCCAGUCACUGAGCGGCCCCUGCCUAGAGCAGAGGUGACUCGGGAGAUGGGUGGGACUGAGCUGGGGUGGACGCUCCCAGCUGGGCUGGCCCAGGAAGAGAUGGCGUGCAGCAGGGACCCUCAUACUGAGAGCUGGGUGUGCUGCUGGCUAAGAGGCCUGGAGAGGAGGGAAAAGAAGGAGUCGAACUGUCCCUUUGCCAUGGUGGCUUCUCCACAUGUUCUCAUGACAAGUCACCAGCGGAGCCCCACGGCAGAUGAGCUAGAAAGUGCUGAUGAACCACAGCCGGUGAGACGACACUCUGACACAUCUUACAUCAUUCUUGCAUCAAACCGAUACACAGCGGCAGUGUGA